AUGCCGAAGAACAAGUGUCUUCCCGAAGCACUUACAGAAUCGACACGUGUAAGCGGUGCCAAUAACAGCUUCCACUUUUCAUUAGCUACCAUAGUUUUCUGCUAUGUUUUUGCUUCCCCUGUUCCGCUUCUCGCACUUCCUCACCCUUCCAAUUCAUCCUCUCUAUCGCCCUCACCCACUUUUUCCGGUCCAAACAUGGGAAGUAAGAAUCAAUGUCAAUUUUCAGAGAAGAAAUAUGAAGUUUCCUGCCUAAGAUGUUCCUUAGGUUUGCUUGAUGCCAACUUCUUCGAGGAUAAACAGAUUGAGGAGAUAGCUAAAGGUGCAAAGGAGUUCAAUAUUCCAAUUAUAAUAGCCAAUCGGAAACUUGUAGCUUCUGAAAAUGGAGGGCUGCAUUAUCCUUCUCCUUUAGUUUUCAAUGCUGAUUGGGACCAUCGACCAGUUCAUUCUGCAAACAAAAGGUUCAACUAUCCUUCGAUCUCUGGGAUACAGAGACCUGAAUCUGAAGAAGAUAUUGCCUUUAUGAGUGUUCUUGAGUUAGGUGAACUCAUUAAAACAAAACAAAUUACUUCUCAGGAGCUUACACAAAUAUUCUUGCGGAGAUUGAAAAAGUACAAUCCUAUUCUUGAAGCUGUAGUCACUUAUACUGAAGAGUUGGCACACAAGCAAGCGAAAGCGGCUGAUGAGUUGCUUAGCCAAGGAGUUUAUCUCGGGCCUCUUCAUGGAAUUCCUUAUGGAUUGAAGGACAUAAUAUCAGUGCCCAAUUAUAAAACAACCUGGGGGUCAAAAUCAUUCAAAAAUCAAGUUAUUGACAUGGAAGCUUGGGUCUAUAAGAGGUUGAAGUCUGCAGGAGCUGUUCUUGUUGCAAAGCUUGUUGCUGGAUCAUUGGCAUAUGAUGAUAUCUGGUUUGGUGGAAGAACUAGGAAUCCAUGGAAUAUUGAGGAAUUUUCUACAGGGUCAUCUGCUGGACCUGCAGCAAGCACCUCGGCAGGUAUGGUUCCAUUUGCAUUUGGUUCAGAAACAGCUGGAUCCAUAACUUAUCCCGCAGCUCGAUGUGGAGUGACAGCAUUACGCCCAACUUUUGGUAUAAUUGGUCGAACUGGUGUAAUGAGCAUAUCAGAAAGCUUGGAUAAGCUUGGGCCUUUCUGUAGAUCUGCAACUGAUUGUGCUGUUGUUCUGGAUAUUGUUCGGGGAAGAGACCCUGAUGAUCUAUCGUCAAAAAAUAGCUCCCUUGAUGAUCCAUUCCUGGUUGACAUUACUAAGUUGACUGUUGGAUAUCUUGAUGAUGCUGAAAUGGAGGUUGUUCAUGUUCUUGCAUCUCAGGGUGUCAAGAUGGUUCCUUUCGAACUGAAUUACACAGUUGAUUCCGUACAAGGUACCUUAAAUUUCACAAUGGAUGUUGAUAUGCUGGCUCACUUUGAUCAGUGGCAACGCUCAGGCCAAGAUAAUGUGUAUGAAGCCCAAGAUCAGUGGCCCACUGAACUAAGGCGUGCUCGCAUAAUUCCAGCGGUGGACUAUGUACAGGCACAAAGAACACGGGGAAGGCUAAUCAAAGAAAUAAGAGAGUCUUUCACCGUGGAUGCAUUCAUUGGCAAUGCAACUGACUGGGAGAAAGUUUGCCUAGGAAAUCUUGUUGGUUUACCAGUCAUAGUAGUGCCAACAGGAUUUACUAAUAUCUCUGAUCCACCACCUGGUGGAAGCAGAAGAAGAACUACUGUCACUACCGGCAUUUAUGCUCCCCCUAACCGUGAUCACAUUGCUUUGGCUUUGGCAAUGGCUUACCAAGCAGUCACCAAUCACCAUAAACAGCGCCCGCCCAUCAAUAAUCUUGGUCCUGAUGAUAAGAUUCCUGAUCAACCUAUUUACCCUCCCAGGGUAUUACGUACUUGA